AUGGAUAAUCGUCAUCUACUCAAUAAUCACAAUGACUUGCUUACUCAUGGGCGUUCUACCAUACCAGUUACAUCGCACAAGGAAAAUUCAUUGGAGUCCAUCUUUGUCACCGAUUCUCGUACAGUCCCCACAACAAUUCCUCCUCCAAUGAACGUCAAAAUUACGGCAGAUGGUUUAAAAAUGGAACCUGGACUUGAGGCUCAGUUGGCAGGACUCCAGACGUCGGCCUGUGGACCUGUUACAAUGUCUUCUCUCCCCAUUAAUGCUCUCAAUGCAAGUGAAAAGCUGAAUUUGCAAGUCAGCGACCUGGAAAAUAUCCCCAUCUUAAAUCCUAUCGAUGGCCGAUCCGUGGACUUGCAACCAUUAACCACUAAUAACCAGUCAAUACCUGGAGUACAAAUGGUGAAAUUAACCUUUAUCAAUUGUGGCGACCAGCAAACGAUACUUUUGACUACACCCUCAGGUCCUCUAAGCGGGUUGGAUCAGUCCGCAGAUGGUCUUACCAUCACGAUUCCCGAAAACCUUCUUGGUGGAAAUGACCUAAACAUAGCCGGAUUGUCAACCAUACCAGUUGCCAACAUUCCCCAGGCGCAGCCACCUUCCUUAGAACCCGAUCCUCCUGGGCUUUCCGACAAGGUGAACUAUGCCACUAUAACAUCUCUGCCUCCGAUCACCUCGGUUUCUGACAAACUAUACGCACAGAAAGUUCCAACCAGUGCUCCAUCGAUGGUGGAUGCAACUCAAAACUACGCCCUACAAGACCUUGUCCCUCUCCUUGCUAGCAAUGGUGAUAAAACAAAGCUGCUUGAUAAGACAGCGCCGAGUUCUAGUGUGUUUCAAACGAGCACAUCUGAUUUCUUCCAGGCGUCUACUGUUCCGAUCACCUUGAACCUGCCAGCUGAUGCUCCUCCUGUUUCUUUGAUGGAUUAUGCCACAACGGAGCUGAAGAUUGCUAGACCUAUCAAUGACCCUAGCCCGGCUAGUAAUCAUGGCGAUAACAUGAGCGACGCAGAUCGUGAUACCUUAAGCCCCGGGUUGGAUUGUACAGAAAUAAACACUCGGGAACUGGCAUUAAAAAUAAGCAGUGAACUUAAGCGGUAUAGCAUUCCUCAGGCAGUGUUCGCCCAGAAAAUACUUCACAGAAGCCAGGGUACCCUCUCUGAUCUGUUGAGGAAUCCGAAACCUUGGAGUAAGCUCAAGUCGGGCCGCGAGACCUUCAAGCGUAUGUGGAAGUGGUUGAACGAGCCCCAAUCCCAACGUAUGGCUGAGCUCAAGGCAGCGUCUGCUGAGACAGAAAUAUACCCUCCAAAGCGAAAGUCAGCCGAGGUAAAGCCUGGUGAGGAAAAGUCAACCAAGCGACCCCGUCUUGUAUUCACGGAUAUCCAACGGCGAACUCUUCAUGCUAUAUUCAAGGAAACAAAACGACCAAGCAAGGAGAUGCAAGUGACUAUUGCUCAACAGCUUGAACUUGAGGUCUCGACGGUGGCAAAUUUCUUCAUGAACGCUCGCAGGCGAUCGGUUGAUAAAUGGCAAGACGAUAACGAGGUUCGACAGAAUGAUUCGCCGUCUCCGUCUCACAGUCUCGACGCCUCUUCCCCUGCGCCAUCUUCUCAGAGCGCCACCCAGCCGCCAAAUUUGCACUCAGCUCCCACGUCUUCUGGCGCCGCCAACGAUCCGAUGUUGACCUCUCAGGUCCUACCUUCGGAUAAUUUGUCAGAUAACCCUCUGAUAUCCUCGGGCACCGCGGCUGGCGUGGAAUUUUCCGAUUCUCCAGCUCCACCCAGCCUAACUCCGGACGCCGCCGUGGCCAACAGCCUUGCCUUGGGCGGUGCCGACCUCCCUACUCAAGUUCCAGUUUCUGGGGGCCUACUGGUGACAACUUCAGCACCUACGGAAACUACUGCUACCGUCCCCCAACUUCUGACUCAUUCAGUACAGCUUCUUCCAGGUGGACAAAGUGCUAUUCUUAUUAACACUCCUUUGGAUCCUGGCGCCUGUGGCAGUGUCACUGACGAUACAAAUUCAGCAGCUGCAAACGCUGCUGCCACCUGUCUGAUCUCAUCCGUAACUGGGCUACCUCUUUCGCUCGAUUCCCUCUCUCUUCCAUCCGCCUUGUUUCCGACUUCUUCAAGUGGUUCUGGCACAACUUUAUUUCGGCCUGAGUCUGCUGUAGGCUUGCCUGCUGAUCCACCUAAUCCAGGGCUCGUGCUGCCCUCCGCGUCAACGCUUAUUGGCCACGACAGAGGGAAACAGUCCUCCGCCUCCACCGCAUCCAUCCCCGUACGGCACAUCAAACAAGAGAGCCCUAUGACCAGCGGACCUCCAACCCAUGUCGCUAUUCCGAUUAAUCCAAAAAAGUAG